GGGAGGAGGGUGGGAAGGAUGGAGGGAGGGGACACUUCUCUUUCAGUGGGAAGAAAAGAGGAAGGUGGAGGACAAGUGCUGCUCAGAGAGAGACAGAUCAGAACCCAGACAGAAGCUCUGGAAGCUCUUCGUGUCGAGCUGGAGGAUCAGAACCACGUGAAGCUCGUUUCUACAGAUUCAAGAUGCUUCUCAUGUCAAAUGUCUUCCUCUUCCUGAUGUCCUCCUUGGUGGGCAUCCUCUGGGCGGCUUCGGUGAGCCCCUCGGCGUCCCAACCUCCGGUGACAAAAACGCGUGUCCUCUACGUUGAGGUUGAGGACGACUACGAUGAAAAAACCUCUGAGCCGCCUGUUAAACCUGGCGUCCCCAGGUUAACCACCGCACAGUUCUCGCCGCAGGAGUGCGAGUACGACCCCUGCGUGGUACCAAAGGUUCCCUGCGCCGUGCUCUCGGCCCAGACCAAGUGCUACUGUCCUGGGCUCACCGGCCCGGACCAGCUCCCGGAACCUCCAGAGCUGCGUGAGCUCCGGCAGGGGGAGUCUGGAGCGGUGGAGGUCCACUGGUGCGCCCCGCUGUCCACUGUUACGCACUAUAAGCUGGUGACGGAGGACGGGCACGGUCUCGGCUCCAUUUUCGGGGAGUUAUCUCGGAACGGGACGCUGCAGGGACUGAAGACCGGGUCCCGGGUGUGCGUGGUCGCUGUUAACGACGCCGGCUUCAGCGUGGAGACCGAGAAGUCCUGCUCUCGCUUUGAGCCUCUGCAGCCCAGCCAGGCUGCCCUCAGGGCCGGGGUCAUCGCUGGGUGCGUCGGCUUCCUGGUACUGCUCUUAUUGGCUGCGCUGUUACUAUGGAAACGGAAGUCGUGCGGGAAGAGCACGACUAUGGAUGGCGAGGGGCUGAGGAAUCCGUCAUACAGCAACAGCGGAACGCUCUGAUUGGGCGGAAGAAAGGGACAGCAAGGACGUCUUACACUGAUUGGACGGUGAAUGAAGUGCGAGGUGCGAGGUGGUUAAAGGUUAAGUUAAAGGGAAUGCUAACGACGAGAUAGCGUGGAAUACUAAACAGUAGAACAGAGCACUACGAAGAAACACUGACACACUACAGGCCAGAAACUGUUCUUCUCUAACCUUUUUUAAACUCUCUUAAACUCCACCGGACCACCAGAAGAUCCAGGGGAUUUAUUUGUUUCUUAAUGAUAUAAAUCUGGAACAAUCAGAGAUUUUGCAUUAUUUUGCAUGUAGUUACUGAAUAGUGAUCCUUACCCAUAGCAUGUUCACGCUAGCAGGCGACAAAUCACUUAAAGGGGCACUAAUAAACCCCCUGAUUUUAUCUCAAAUUUUAAAAAUGCUAAAAAAUAUGAGAGGAGCAGUUUGGGAAGGGCACUGGGUGAUGUAUGGGUUUAGAGGAGGGGCAGGAGGGAGAGCUGAUUGGCUAAGCUGCAGCAGCAGUGUGCCUCUGAUAGCGGUGAGAUGCAUAUGAUUGGAUGUCAUCAGCAGGGGGAGGGCGGUAUUAUCGAUUGACGGAAACAUAAUCCUCGCCUAUAGCACAGCUGAACCUGAGGGGGCGCCGCAGAGGCGGAAAUAAAGGUUUAAAGGUUAGGAAAUGUUUAUAAAAAUUUAAGCAGGACUUAAAUUAUGUUUUAGGGUUUAGUGGCUGAUCUAUUUCACUCUAAACCCACUGUAUUACACAGUCUAGACUGAAGAAUUUCUGAUGGUGAUUCAUAAAUUAGCUGCAAUUUAGUCUCAAACUCACCUUAAUCCACGGCUAAGACCCGCCCCUCAUGCUACACACCUGACACCUGAGCUCUCAGAGUGAUCACAGGUAAAUACACAACUGCUGCUGGAGUUUAUUUAAACACUUCAAUUUUCUGUUAUUAUAUUUCGUCAUUAUCAAAUAUUGGAAAAAAGUAACAGGAAUCGACUUAAAUUCUGCAUUUUGAAAUUUAAAACAGACAAUUAUAAAAAUCUAAAGGUUUGGAGGACAUGAACUGAUUGAUUUGUAUGAAUGAAAAUAUAGAUUUUAUAAGUUAAAGGUUCAGAAAAGCACAAAUGUUAUGAAUUUUAUUCAUCAUUUGAAAGUUAAAAAGCAUAUUUUUAAAAUAUAUUUUCUGUUUCUAUUUCUGCAAUUACAAUUUGGAUGUUCUGUUACAUUUCUUAUUAAAUAUAACAUUUUUUAAUGUAAUGCUUAAAUAGAAAUCCUCAAAAUUAGGGGGCAUAAUAUCAGAUAGAAAAUAGCCAAAAAUGCUGCCCUGUUAUUAUUAUUAAAAAGAACCUCCUACAAUCACAAUAAAUAUAAAUAUCAGGUUUUUGAUUAUUACAAAUUUACUGUCUAUAAUCUCCUUUAUGGUCUGUUGUGUAACACUGCUCUGUAUGUUCUAUAAGUUAUUAUAUAGUAAUAAUACUAAUGAUUUAGUUGUUGAUUGUGUUUAAUUGUUGGGAGCCUGGAGCUUCUGUUAGGCUUUAUAGAGAAUCAGCUGUAUCAGAAUCAGAGUCGCUGCUGGAUGGUAUGAAAGUUGUGUUCAUGUAUAGAAAUGUUCAUAUUUGUUGUUUUUUUCCACAACUAAUGUUUUUUUUAAAUAAAUUUGUAAAAAAA